AGUACUAAAUAUCGUUCUGUGGUGUUUGGCUGAUUACUCCAAAUGUAUUUAUAUUAAAGGUCAUCUUGACUAUUUUAUUUUUAUAUAUAUUCGGGAUAAAUUAAUUAUACUGGAUGAGUAAUCGGAGUUUUUUUUACGGCAAGAGCAUUUCUUUUGUUAUUUUGCGUAAUGAAAGCGAAAGUUUCCAUUAAUUAAAAUUCAACAGCGAUCGUCAGCAAUAAUUGUUAUUUAUAUUAUUAUGUUUGGUCUUAUUCGAUUGCAACUGUAUUCUAUUGCUUUAAAAUCAACAAAGAGACAUUGAAAUAAUAAUAAUAUAAAAUGUGUGCGGCAGUUAAUAGUGAUUCGAAGAAGAAAAGAGUUAAAACAAAAUCUGUGCUCGGCUUUUGCAAUAAUUGGUUAACAAAAAUGGUUCCAACAAAUUCGAAAUCAAAUCUGAAAACCGAUGCAGUUCCCUUGGAUAAUAAUGAUUUGCAAUUAAAUCGAAACACAUCGAACCAAAUUGCGCAUCAAUCGAAUGGAACACUUGAAAAUGUUGACAAUCAACAGCAAAAUAUUCAAUUAAUACCGAACUCCAGCCAAUUAGCACCAUUAAACAAUACCAAUAGUGAAGGAAUCGCAUGGCCGCCGAUGCAAUUGAUUCAAAAUAAUUUGAGACCAACCAAUCAAAAUAUGACCGUUAUUGAAAACCAACAAAAUCUGCACUUUAACAACAUUCAUGGUCUUCAAAUUGGAAAUACGUAUCAUGUGCCUGCCAAUACUUCAUCACGUAAAAAUAGUUGCAACGGAAACCAGAAGUCGAAUCGAAGAAUUACCAAAUCUAUUGAAGAAUUGAUGAGUAAUAUGGAUGAAAUCGAGCCUCAAGUCAUGCGUAUUGCAGCAAAAUUUAUCGGUGAAAAUUGGCGCAUGGUAUUCCGUGAUUUGGACAUUCCAGACGCGGAAAUUUCUCAAAUUAAAGAACAAUACUUUCACAUAAAUGUAGAGGAAGUCAUUUAUCAAUUAUUGCUGCGAUGGAAACGCAACAGUGACGAUUGUUCUAUUGGAAAACUUUCGACAGUUUUGUGGAACACCAAUAAUGACGAAUGUAUCAAAGCAUUGAAAAAAUACUAUAAAAAUCUGAAAAGAUCACAAGUUAGCGGUGGGAUUGAUUCAUCGGAAAGUUAGAGCUGAAUUUACGUUGCAUUUUUCAGCCUUCUAAACGCACCAUGGAAGAUGAUUUUUUUUUUGUAUACAAUAUUUGUAGAUUAAAUUGACGAUGGUUGAACGUAGCUCGAAUUUUUCAGAUCUUACAACUUAAAAUAAUAAUAUAUAGACAGGCCUUAAUGUGCUCAAACGAAUUCAGAUUUGCAUAAUAGUGCUUGAAACAAUCGUUAAUUUUUUUAAAAGUUGCAUUCAGAAUCUGAGCCAGUUUACAUUUAUUGAAAAGUUGAGAGAAGUUUUACUUCUGCGGAUAAAUGAAAUCAGUUAUUUAAAAUUCACGGCAGUAAAUGGUAAUUAAAAUGAGUAAAAUCGCAAGUAAACAAAAAUCUGUAAACACUGCUGAUAAUAUCCAAUUUGAAGCAUAUCGUAUGAUAUGCUAAGAAACUCGCACAAAUGAACGAUAAGAAAGCAGUUUAAUUACUUAGUCAGCAAAUGAUUAGCUUGUGAAAACGAUUUGUAAUGUUUUUUUGUUAAGCUUAUGGUUUUUGUGUCAAAAAAAUCAAGCGUCGAAAAAAUACGACGUUUAUUCAAGAGAUUUUUUUAAGUGAAUAAAUGACAAAAAUUAAUAUUAAAAUGCAUACUUCCGGAAAGUGUAAAUUGAUUUCUAUCGAAAUGGAAAUCCAUUGGAAGCAAACUUUAUCCAAAUAACUUCAAGAUCUCCACUGAAAAAAUCGCUUUUUUUCUUAAGUAAAGAACUGGAGUGGCUAAAGGAUUUAUAAAUUUAACACAGUUUCAUUUUUAAUUUUCAAUAAAAAUUGUGUGUUUGUUUACAAAAUGGAAAAAAUGUAUACAUUGUAUAUCAUUCAAAUUAAGUGCAACAUUUUUUUAUUCUUAAGAUCAACAAAAUUAAAAAUUAAAAAAAAAAAUAAAGCAAAAUAAGAUUUAAGAUGACGGUGUAAUCUGUUUCGAACAUGUGAUAGUAGAAUGAGAUGAUUGUGGUACACUUUUAUGCUGUAGCUUCGCUUGAUUCACAAUAUUUUCGCAGAUGACUCAUAAACUCUGUCAUAACCGAUGUGUAUGCCUAAGAAUAAAAAUGGAUAUAAAGAUCACAGCA